CGGCGACUCCUUGCCUAUCCCCUGCCGAGACCGUUCGGCCACCUCGAUAUGGCCACUGUCCAACAGGGCUCAGUGGUCGCGCUCCUGCUUAUGGUGAACAUCCUGCCACUGGUCUUGCGGGCUCGAUCCUGGGCUACCGUGCACCGCUGCGCCGCCAAUCUCGCGGUCAUGAAUUUCAUUCCGUUGUGGACUGGCUGGACCUUUGGGUUUCCUGCGCAUCUUCUAGGCAUCGAUUGGUCGGCGGCAGCCUGGACGCAUCGAUGGGUCGGCCGGAUGGUCAUCAUCCACUCCGUCCUCCACGGAGUGAUCGCGAUCCUGGGUGACGGCCAACCGGUGCAAGCUAUACAACAGCAUUACGUUCCAGUUCUGGCAGCGUGUUCGAUGAUCGUGAUCGUUCCCAUGACGCUGCAUGCCGUGGUUCGCCGUUACCCGCAGCUAGCGAUGAAGUGUCACUACCUCUUGGCAGUAACCGGACUGGCGUCGAUGUCCUACCAUGUCUGGAUGCGCCGGUCAAAAAGCCUCUGGUGGUUGGUGGCGGCAGCGGCUCUGUGGACUUUUUUGACGCUGGUGUCCUUGGAUGUUCCCCUAAGAAGGCGCUGGGGGCACUCCUGGCCUUUGGUUGUCAUAUCCCGGCACCAUGAGCUUCUCAGUAUCGACAUCACCAUUCCCUCUGGGUGGAGAGUCGAGCUCGGUCAAUAUGUGUACCUCUGGCUACCACAGGCAGACCUGCGACUUGCAAGCCAACUGCCGCUUUUUUAUGUCUCGUCGUGGGAAGAUACAUCGACCUCUAAACUAACACACCUGUCCGGUCAGCACGCACAGAUCUAUGCGUCUGAGCAAUCGGCCAGUCAAGAGGACGGGUUGAGGGAGCCAGAAAUCUUGGUACCAGAUAAUACAUCGCUGCGCUCUGCCGAACCAGUGGUGGAAUGGAGACAGGUGGGGACAGCGGCAGAACGCGAUGCAGCCGUGCCCACUGUCAGCCAACGGCAUGGAUCGAGAGGGAGGACCUCCUGGUAUACUGCGAUGGGUCACCGAACGCUACGUGUGCUGGCCCGCCCGCAGUCUUCGGCACUGGCGGCGGCGCUCUAUAAUGCCAAGCAUCUCCACAAUAUUCCACACAGCGCGCUCGUGCUGGGACCGUACGGGCGAAAGCCGGAUCUGGCCCCCUUCGGGAUCGUGCUACUGACCGUAGAGGAUAUCGGGAUUGCGCGAGUCUUUUCGCUCAUCCAGACCCUGGUCCUGGCGAGUGAACAGCACCGCGCUAUGGUUCGGAAGCUCAUCGUGGUUUGGCAAAUGGAGGACUUAGGUACCGCGCGUCGCAGCACCGCAUCCUGUCUCCCCGAACGGUGGGCUGAGCUAACACGGUCUAGGUAACCGUCGGUGGGUGAACAUGCAGCAUUUGCUGGACCUCGAUCGCCAAGAAUUCAAGAUCCUCCGAUUCGUCCUCUACUACCGUCGAAACCGCAAGAAUGAGCCCUCGCGGGACCCGGGCACGAGGGUUCGAUUCAUGAAAGGGUCUGUGGAUGUGGCAGAGACGAUAAAGACGUCCCUGAAUACACGUCGGGGGAGUAUGUUGGUCGGCGGUAUGAACCCUCUUCGAGGUUUGGGAAAAGCUGAUGCGUCCGAUGAAGCCAUGCUAACGGAUCACUGUCUCCAGUCUGCGCACGACAGCUGAUCUGUAACCAGGUCAAGGCCAUCGUUCAGCCCAAGCUGAGCAAUGACCUACGGCUCCUAGAUCUUGACGUUGAGCCGUAUCAUCAGUGGUUGGACAUUGACACAACGGUGGCCACUACCGGACCAUCCAGAAACCACCUCCAAUGGAUCGCCUCCAGAAUCGCUGAAGGCCGUGGUCAUUCCAGCUGACCGAUCUACCAACGGUCCCUUGUUUGACGAGCUCCCGUGCAAGUUCGAUUGGACUACCAGGUUU